UUUGGCACCACCACCACCACCACCACCGAUUCGUACUGUUUUCUCGCCCACCGCCGCAAUUACAACCCCACGUCAAAUUCUCUUCAACUCUUUCUCAUGGGUUUCCCCGGAAAGUCACACCAGCACUCGUCUCAUUUUCCUCACCAAAUCAGGAAAUGCGGUUUGGGUCUCACUUUGAGGUGGCAAGGAAGGAUCGUUUCUUGUCAUCGGCAUUUGCACAAACAGCGGCUGUUCGACAUGUGACGGGAUCUGUUACUGCAACCGAGGGUCUUCGAUUCGCUAUUGUUGUGGCACGGUUUAAUGAGAUUGUGACAAAGCUGCUGUUGGAGGGAGCCGUGGAAACUUUCAAGAAAUAUUCAGUUAAAGAAGAAGAUAUAGAUGUUGUUUGGGUCCCUGGGAGUUCUGAAAUUGGUGUGGUUGCGGAAAAGCUUGGGAAGUCACGAAAAUAUAAUGCGAUUUUGUGUUUCGGAGCUGUGAUUAGAGGUGAUACUUCUCACUAUGAUGCUGUUGCUAAUUCGGCAGCAUCUGGAGUACUCUCAGCGGGUCUAAAUUCAGGAGUUCCUUGCAUAUUUGGUGUUUUGACAUGCGAUAACAUGGAGCAGGCUUUGAAUCGAGCUGGUGGUAAAUCUGGGAAUAAGGGUGCUGAAACAGCUCUGACAGCUAUUGAGAUGGCAUCUUUGUUUGAGCACCAUCUGAAGCAGUAAUAAUGUUUGACCAAGUUCAAUUUAGUCCUUUUCUGCUGGCAUGCUGUUGAAAUUUUCUUCUCUAAGCUGCCCGGAUAUCUUUAUGGUAGGAGUUUCCAGGAAUUGCAAAUUGGUGAUGGCAUUCAAAAUUAUUACUAGCUACUCAUUGAUUACUUGCAAGCUCGAACAUCUUUCCCCUGCUGAAACCCGUCGAAAUUUGGAGGACAUAAUGUUUAAUGUAUGUUAGACAAUCCGUUAUUGUGUCACACUUUGUUUCAUAUAUUUGUCUUCACAUUUCAAAAUGGUGCAGUGUGUGCGCGCUCGCACACAUCUUUUAAAGGCUGCCUCAGAUGUCAGUUGCAGGCGGCGAUAGCAGCAGCGGCAAUGCUUUUAGUUGAAUAAAGUAGUGUCGGGGUAGUGGUGAUGUCCGCAGGUGUGGUGAUCACAAUUGGAACUUUAAUGAAAUUAGAACUGGAAAUCUGGGCAAAGUAUUAUAAAUAGCACUUGUUUAAUUUUUUUUUCUUUUCUUAGUUGGUAUUGUUUUUUGAUUGUCUUUUGAUAUGGCAUUGGAUUUAAUUGUUGUCAAGAUUGUUUUGGCAGCUAAUGUGAAAGAGCCUCAUGGCAUGAAGCUGCUCUGUGA